CAGCAAACCAGUCAACCCAGAUAAAGGAAUCCCGCCUUGGGAUUAAAAACCAUGGAUCACCCAGGCCCUUGACAAGUUCUCCGCAGUAUUUUACUGACAACCGUACAUGAAGGUGAUCAUGUCGGCCACGUCCCCGUUCCUCUCUCGCCGUGGUGCGCUCGCUUACCUCCCCCUCCUCAUCUCCUUCUACGCCCUCCCUGCCCUCUCGCAUCCCAAACCCAACCUACCGUUGGUGAUCAACACCUGGGGCGGCCCUUUCACCGCCGCAACAGACGCCGCCUUUCUGGCGCUCACCGAAAACUCCACCUCCGUCUCGGCGCUCGACGCAGUCGAGAUCGGCUGCGCCACGUGCGAGCGCAACCAAUGUGACGGCACCGUCGGCUUCGGCGGCUCGCCCGACGAGGCAUGCGAGACGGCGCUCGACGCGCUGAUCAUGGACGGCACGACCAUGAAGUCGGGCGCGGUAGCCGGGUUACGGCGCAUCCGCGACGCCAUCUCGGUCGCGCGCGCCGUUCUGCAGCACACGCGGCAUUCGCUGCUCGUCGGAGACCUGGCGACGCAGUUCGCAGUGGAGAACGGGUUCGGGCCAGAGCAGGAUCUUUCGACGGACGAGAGCCGCAGGCGUUGCGAGGAAUGGAGGGCCGGCGGGUGUAAGGGCAACUAUAGGCUCCAUGUGGAGCCUGAUCCGAGGACGUCGUGUGGGCCGUAUCGGCCGUUGCCGGUGGGUGGGCUGCAGGGUUGUGAGGAUGAGGGACAGAGUUCGCAUGAUACCAUCUCAAUGGUUGUCAUUGACGGGUCCGGAGCCAUGGCGGCGGGUACCUCGACGAAUGGGGCUGCUUUCAAAGUCCCAGGCCGGGUUGGGGACGGUCCGAUCAUCGGGAGCGGAUCAUAUGUAGACGGAGAUGUUGGGGGAUGUGGUGCGACCGGGGAUGGAGACACCAUGAUGCGAUUCCUGCCAUGCUACCAGGCGGUGGAGAAUCUAAGGCGAGGCAUGACUCCGACCGAGGCGGCUCAGGAUGCCGUCAGGCGGAUGCUAAGGAAAUACCCCAAGGUAUCGAGCGGGAUUGUGGUGGUAAACAACAAGGGAGAACAUGGGGCGGCCGGCUCGGGAUGGACUUUCACCUACGCAUUUCGCGGUGGGUCGAUGAAUGCCACGGAGGUCGUUACGAUUCCUUCACUACAAUCGAGGCAGCAGAUGGUAGUAGUUCAGACAAAUCCUAAGUAGAUAUUGGUCGAUGGCUUGCUUAAGUAGUACUGCAAGAGACUUUCCCGAUCAAGUAACUCUGCGAUAUUACUAGUGGUUUCCAAAAAGACGCUCAUCAAUUCUGGACUUGACCAUGUUCUAGAUGUACUCAUCCCAUCAAGUUUCGGCUUAACUAAAUUACUGCUCAGGAAGUAGUACAGUACUAUGGAUACUGCGAAAGUCGAGG